AUGGCGGCUGGCGGCGUGGCUCCCACAGAAUACAUAUCGCAAUGGUGCCACGGCAACUACGAAGUGAUGCACAGCUGUCUAGAGCAGCUGUGUAGAGCGAGCAAGUCUCAUUUGCCAGAAAGUGUCGAGGAAGAAGCCACGACGAGCUCGGGUGGAUUUUGGUCACGUUUUUGGCGCCGUCCUAAUUUCAGGGAGACAAAGGGUGGAUCGUCACCUUCUAGGCGGGACGGUAUCAAUUGGUUGUCGGGCCUUAUCAACAAUGACAGUGUUACCGUUGAUGCCACUCGGGUUUCGAAACCCUUGACGUCUACGUCCGACCCGCCUGAGGGCGACGUGACUAAUGACACAUUGGAUAAAAUGCGUUCCGGAGUUAUAAGCGGCUUCAGAAAGUAUCCGUUUCACCGCCCUCACCUGGUCCCACGUCGCAACUCUUCCAUUAAUCUGGAUGACGUUCGUGAUUACGUUCGCAAAAAAUUCGCCAGCGUUGAACGUAGUUUAGAUCAGAUUGAGUUGUUUAGCACGCUCGCCAACGUGGACCAGUAUCUGUGCUGCGAUAUGUUGUACGAGGGUAUUUGCUAUUACGGAAACGAAAGCCAAUGUAUGUCGGAGUUCGCCAUUAUAGAUGGGAUGUUACAUGCGCAGUCCAGAUGCCAGCUGAAAUGUUUGACUCUUUUGUUAUCGUUUUUAAAUGGAGGCAAAAGGCUGUCGGAUGCAAAUGUUGUCGCGGAUGCAGUUUUUCCAGAGAGUGUAUCAAUACUGCGUGAUCUGUUGUCUAGGGGUCUGAUUAAAAACAUCUGCCUAUUGCUACUGACCGCCAUCAAAGAAUCAUCCAGGUACAAGUCUAUGCUGUCUGGCGAGUUAUCUUCGUUUGUUAAGGCGUUGUACGAAAGCACGAUCGAUCUUGUGAACGGCCUGCUGAACUUCCUCGAGGCCUACUUCCUCCGUUUCCAUCCUGCGAAGGAUGAGAUACGGUGUCUCGCUGCACUUCUUCCGAACGUAUUUGACUUAAAAGCGCUGUUUGAUGUAUCGGAAUACGGCGCCUUAUUACGUUCCGUAUUUGGAGGUUCGUCCUAUGCCGCAUCGCCCUGGUACCCUUACUCUGACGCGUUGGUGUCGAAAUGUAUUGGGGUGCGCGAGUUCGAUGAGAUGACCAAGAAUGCCUGCAACGUUGGGAAUAGACUGUCGCUUAUUGUGCUAUUAGCGCUACAUCCGCAGCAUUACCGUCUCCCCGCCGUGGCUGAGACCGGAUCACCGCUGAAAGCGUCUUUAAAUAGAGAUGCUGCAUUUCUGGGCCGUUUCAAGUCGAUACCGACCCCUUUUAUCGGCAACAAUGAUCUGAGCAAAGUACUGGAAUUUGUGGUAUUCGGUAUGUACCUCAACGAUACGGAGCGGAUGGUUAAGUGCCUGGACAACGGCGUGUUUGCCCACAUGAGCAGUUUCUGGGUGAUUUCGACGCCGAUUGAAUACAGGGACAGUGUUGUGGAGGUUGUGGACACCAUCUUGAACGCAUUUUUGUUAAGCAACGGCGCGUUAAGCAAGGGUUGGUACGAAAUUUUGGAUCAUGAGAUCCGCUGCAAACGUAACGCUGAGGACCGUGCACGGUUGCCGUAUACGGGAGCGAGCGACGAGGCACUAUACCGCCAUCCAGGAAGAUCAGUUAUGGAGCUUCUGACUCUUGUUGCAAAAUUGGGCAACACUGGCAAUAAACGGUACGCUUUUGAGAUGUGGAGGAGUUGCGCGGAGUCGUAUCGUUCUCUCAUCCCCAACGUCAACUGCCAUGUAUACAAGUAUAACGCGUUCGAGAACGACCUAUACAACUGCUGUGAUGGUUCAAACGUGGACAAGAAGACGGUUGAACGUCUGAUAGUGCCUUGCGACGGUUUCAGCUGGUGGGAGCGCAACAGUGCGUUACUGGAUUUGGUGACACUAGCUGCGGGCGACAGCAACACUUACGUUGAGACUUACCCUCGGCUGUUGUCUUGCUUGCUUGAGUUCGCCUUGCAUUUGUGCACUGUGGAUGAUAUAGAGGGUGAGUGCGGCAGCCAUCUAGUAGGUAAGUUUUUGAGCACGAGCGCGUCACGCGAAGUCCGUUUUCCGUUUCUGCUAGAGCGGCUUAUUUCCCAGAUAGGCAGUCUUACUGAGGGUCAUUAUGGUACUCUGCCGAGUUUGAUUUAUGAGAAGUUGCUGGCACGUGAUGACCAGAUCGAGACUGCGGAGGCUGCCCUUAUGAUCGCUUCCACGAUUCCAGCGCACUCUUCGCAGCAAGGCAUGGGUGUUGGCGGUUGUUUGCGUAAGAUGUACACCUUCCCUCUGAUUAGCGGUGCUGCUGAGGUCAAAAUUGCCCUGGCAACUGUGGGUCUUGGAGGUCGUUGCCCUUUCGGGCUAAUAGAGACGUCCAUAGCGGCUUUCAAAUUAGUGUCGUUAUGUGAUCGCAUUCCCGAAGGCCCACAACCAGUUGAGCAUGCGGCUUUUCAUUUGGAUGUUAAUAUCCAACAUAACAUGGGCGAUGGUGAUCACAGCUUUUUGAGUGCGCUUUUCAGCAUAUUGUCUCGUAGUCGGAUCGAUGGUUUGGAGAUGCUAACAUCGUCUGUCUUGUCGAGCUUGUGUUCAAGCCACAUCAAAGAUUCGGAUACUGCGUGCGCUGCUCUGCUUCGUAUCUCAGAACUUCUGCAGGCUUCCAGGAAUACUGCUGGCCACGGAUAUGCACCGAACGGUUAUGUUCUUAGUGUUGAGGAACUGCGCGCUUUUGUUAGUUGCGUACGCAAAUUGUUCGUAUACGUACCGAGAGUUCAGCGUUUCCGCCACAACGGUGUCGACUGGUUGCACAGCCUGGUUCAAUUUUCCCUGUGGAUCUUGGACACUCACUGCUUCCGCAACGAGUGCGUUCACUGGUCAUUGGUCUCCGACGUGUUUGAGUUCCUUUCGGAAGUUGCACAGGGUCCGCUCGACGCUUGUGGUAAUACAAGCCGUGCUAGCCAGUACCUGCUUGAGCAAUUCUUGCUACCUGCGAGCUCGUUGUGCAUUUCCCUGGUGCGCGCUGCAAGUGAGGCUAAGUUAUUGUCGGCAAUAUCUACUAUGUGCAUCAUUUUCAAACGUGACGUUCUAUUGAUUGUGUCGCAUCGUGCAGCGAUGCUAAUGUCCACUCAACGUGAUGGGACUCAUUGCUCACAUUGUGGCUUGCCGUACGGCAAGGUUGCACCUCAGCGGCUACGCUUGACAGACAACGACAUGGAUUUGGACGCAUCUUCGGCUUCACAUAACUGGUGGUCUAACAAGAUACGAAAGAUUAACAGCAUAUUCUCGUCCGCGGGAAGUCGAGAUACUGCAGAUGAAAAGGGCUGUAAGUGCCUACAGUUUGACAUGCAUUCAAUGUCCUUGCUCCUUGCCCACGACGCCGUUUUGGAAGCAAUGAAUACGUUGCGUUCGAAAAACGAUAACGUCAUAAGUACUGCAAAGAAUUGCGAAUUCGUCGGUUGUUUCGACCCCAAUGCUUCUGAAGAGAUUCGCAUAAAAUCGGUUUACCUGCUUCUACAGGUUGUAGAGCGUAUGGACAGCGUUUCUUUGGUUGUGCCUGGCGACGUUUUGAGGGAGUUGCAUCGUUAUUACAGCCUACUAAAUCCUUGUGAGGAGCGUUCUCAAUUUGUGAUGUACCGUAUGAUGGAGUCGGAGGAUUUGGUAUUGUACAACAAGGUUGUUACCAUGGUUGCCAACUUCAAUCGCAUGGACGGUUCCGAGCACUGGUACUACUGCACAAGUCAGUUGUGCGACUUGAACCGUUGUGGCCUUGACAAUUUGGUCUUGCUUCUGUUGAAGCAGUGCGCACUCAAGGCAGCAUUCACUAAGGGCGGUAGCGAUUUUGGAUUGCGCCUCUUGGGUUCUGCUAAUAAUAUCAUCGCAUUAAUUAGGCUGGCAUCGGGUGGUGGCGACAUCUGGCGGUUUUCCGACUGGCGCCGCAUGGAUGCUUUGGCUGCUGUGGUGACAUUCGCCAAGAUUUAUCCACACGUGUUAGAUUUGGUUGCGAGACAUUGGAGUUCACUCGCUGAUGAGGCUAGCAGGAUCGACUUCGUGCAUCUGCCUCACGAUUCUUAUGUCAUGCAGUGUCAGCGGUUGUCGAACAUGCUGCAGCUGUUGAUUUUAUUGGCGGAGCGCGGUGCAGUGUCUAUAUCGUUGGAUGACAUAACGCAUUAUGUUAGACUGUACUCCCGUUUUGUGAAGUGCAUGUCGGAAGUGAUACUCUCCAUGCGUGAGGAACUGGAUGCCCUGCUUAACGGCAUAGUCACUGGCAAGGGUGGCGUUGGCGUAAAAGACUUUGUGAAUUUAUGGAAACUAGCAUCGUUCCCAUCGAAUUUAUGUUUGGCGUUUGACCUUCAACUGUGUACGAAGCUGCUUAACCCGCAGUCUUGUGAGCAGCUUCACAAGGACACUCAGCGGUACGCGUUACGUCUGAACUCCUCCAACAUGGUUAUCGCAUCCUCUAUAGGUCUGAUAUCGUGUUUGUUGAACUUCUUGUCAUACAGCACGAAAUUGGGUAUAGUUGGUCUUCCCGAGAAAUCGAGGACUUGGUUGGAGGUCGCUUGCGUGGAGUUUAACCCAGAGGAGACCUGCGAAUUGCGAUUGGCACUGCAUGUAGCGUUAAUAAAACAGCUGGGUAGCAUCUGGAUUGCGAGUAGGGCUGAUAUUGUGGGUAAUGAUUCUACGCUAUCGAUAUCAAUCGUGUUAAAAUUGAUAACGUUCGUUUUGACGCACGAGACAUCUACUCACCUUCGUAGCAAGAUUUACGCAUGUGUGAACAUGUUUCUUGUGAAUCAGCACCGUACGAACGGCGCAAGCAUAACUGAGCUUGUGGUCGCUCACUUGCUCAGCCCAUCGUCCGAGCUUUCAGAACCGUCAGCAGACGACAGAUCCGCUUUGCUACAUCUGUUAUCAUCGGAUGCAACCGCCAUACCGCAUCACAGCAGCGUGAGCAGAUAUUACUCAGUUGUAGAUGAUUCGACCACUAACGAAAGGGUCAUGCCGUCUUCUGAGGAUAUGUCCCCCAAAGCUACGGACAGAAGCAACAACGGCAUAGCUCCCAUGUCUUCUGGAGCCGAUGUUAACUACGCUGUGAAUGGUGUGCGCCGUAUUUUCGUUGGGCAAGAUUACGCCUAUCUACAAGCACCUCAUGUGGAUGAUAUGAGCCUGAGUGAUGUGGUUGAAAUGGAGGAAAACCGCAGCAGCGAAAUGUUGUUCGUUGCGGUUGAUAAUGGCGUGCGGUUCGACUACCGUGUGGAAGCUCUGGAUCUGUUGAGUCUGAUUUUGCGCGCGCUGCGCAAAUUUGAGGCAGGUGCGAUUGAGUACGAUUUGGGUGCCGUUAGUUACGGUUCACUUGGAUCGAUAAGUACGGAAUCCGUGUCUUCACUGUUACACAACCGUUUGUUGGACUUCAAAAGGUGCAAGCAGUGCCUAUUGCAUUCACCAUAUUGCCCGUUGUGCCUUAAACUACUGACAGGCACAGCUCGUGUGCUGAAGGCGGCCAGUGAAUUGCAACAGUUUUCGGCGUUCUGGUAUCACGUACAACCUACAUCCCCGUCAAUUUGUCUGGCGGAUUUGUUUUUGUCAUGUGAUCUUUUGCUGGGCUUCACGAACUGCGACAAGCUUCCCACUGAGCUCUUCAACCCUUUUAUUUCCAUCUUGGAGAAUCUGCUGGGCAUGCCUUCUGUGAAGACUCGAAACGCGUUAAUCCAAUGGAUGAAUAGGCACUCUGAACUUUUGGGUUCAUUGAUCCCUCUUAACGCCAGCACUCCUCUUACCGACGACAAGGUUACACUAGCGAGCAGUUUGCUCCGCAUCUACAGAGUCUGCGUUUUAUGGAUCCUUGCUGAGUAUCGUCGAGCGAAGUUUAAUUCGGAUCCGUUGAACAAUUUCAGUCUGAUUCUAGCCGAUUUGCAGUGCAAAUUCCCUCUAGCAAUGAGCAUGCCUCGGUCGGUCCCCGCUUUGCUGGAGUUGCUAACUGCUGACUUGUCAACGUGUAGUGAUUGUCAUUGGCAAUGCAUUCUGCUGGGUUUACAGACUGUGUUUCCCGAGUUGGGUGCCUUCGAAGCCGAUUUGGACUUUUCUACUCAGACUCCCAUCAAAGCAUUGGCUAUUGAGAAGGCGGUUACUGUCGCCACUGUGCUUACGCGUUGUGGUUCCAGCUUGCUGGGCUUUAUAAACCAUCUGAACUUCUUAGACGCCAAGUCUAGGCGGAAGUCACUUGGUCGCUUCGCUUUGCGUGUUGCGACGGUUGAAUGCGCAGCAACGCUGCUGGAGUAUAUUUUGGCUCUGGUUCUGACACAUUGCCCUCCUUCUUCUUCUGCUACCAAUUUGCUUGGAGCUUCUCCGAGCGAGCAGGCAAAGGACAUCAUGCAGAGCGGCUCUCUUCAGGAUGAACAUAGUGCCGCCGUGAGGGCAUCUGAGGGUGGCUCCGAGCAGCCUGGCAUGCUGCCCAGGUUGCGGAAGGCUGUUGACUUGUCUAGGAUCGAAUUGUUCCUCGACAAGAUCGCUCGUUUGUGUGAGGACAACGGGGCUCGAAUAGGCGAAUCGGUGGGCCCCCGGCGCAAGCAUGUUUUGGGCGAUCAAGAUUUACUUACUGUCUACGAGUCAUGUAGAUACGGACACCUUGUGCCGUCGCAGGAUGCGCGUAUAUCUCCCGAUGCUACUAUGCUUGCCGCGCUGCUUGCGCAUCUUGAACGUUCCAACCCCCGAGAAUGCGCUAUUCUGGCUGAUUUGGAGUCUCUAGAGAACCGUUUGGACGAACUGCUACUGUCUCAAAGCCACAGCGCGUCUCUAAAAUCGAUUGGAGCCAGCCCUCGGCUUCGCUUGCAUAUCUCCAACACCUUCGAAGAGCAGGACGAUUACGCGAAUCGUCACGGCUUCGUGCAUAACACGCCGUCUUCCUUUACCAUUUAUAUUCGGGCUUAUGAGAUCGAUGCAGACGGCAACUUUGUUGACGGCGGUGAGGAAGGGGUGCUCAGUAGGUACUUCCGUCAAAUCCUGCUUUGCACCCCGGAUCGAACAGUGCUGUGGGACAGAGAUGGAGUUCGUGAUCUUCGCACAGAUGUUCGCAGAUGUUGCGCGACAGGCCCGCCGAUGGAGGCAUCGUCGAGUGCGCCCGGAUUCGAUGAGUUCGAUAACCGUCGAGACGCUUCGGGUGGAUUGCGCCGCGAUAGGGUAAGUUCACACCACGGCGGCAUGCGUCCCUCUCAACCUGGCGGACAUGCUGCUGAUAAGACUAGAGAUUCUCAGGCUGCCCGUGUUGGCAUGUAUGGUGCGAACGAUGGCAGGUGCCUCGAUGGUGAUCCGUUGUACAACAAUCCGGGUGACUACGGCCAGAUCGAUGGCGACUAUUAUGCACCUGGUUUUGAUUAUUGGCGCCACCCGGACUCUAAAAAGACGAGUGAUGGCGUGGAUGAAUGUGGUGGCGACCCAGGUCCCUAUAACGGAUAUAAUGAGCUUCAGAUAAGCCAGGUGUGCUAUUCGGAGUGUCAGGUGUCGCUUUACUUCUUCCCCACCCAGCUUACAAUGAUGUGCACCAUCUCAGACCUUUUGGAAAGUUUUCUAUUAAUGGUGAACAAUGGUGUGGCUGUGACGGAUUCAUCAAGGCAGAUCGCAUUUUACCGUAUUAUAAGCUUUUUAUGGACUUACGCAUUUGAGCGUCAGCUGGUCUACGAAGUAGAGGAAGGCACUUUCUUUCGCCUGGACGGUGCGCUUUCUCAGCUUCUAGAGAUGCCCCAGGGUUCUGAAGUGGCAGUGCAGGAUGUGCAGCGCGCGGUGAUGGCUCACGUGAUGCCUCCCAAGCCUAUUAAGGUGACCCACGACAUAGUGUUGUCUGGCGAUUCUUGGAAGUCUGACAGUUUCGUUGAUGUACACUUGGACAGCGCUAUAAGGGGACCUAAAAGAUUGGGAAAGACUGAAUUCGAGAAGCAGGUGGAUUCUCUGCUCCCCGAGUUGCGAGACCUGAUCCACGUGAGGAAUUUAUAUGAUUCGUUCAGUCGUGAUCCAGCUAAAUUUGUCAAAUUCGCUCUUAACAGCUCAAAUGUGGCAAUAGCCAAACCCUUAUCUGACGAUGUGGUACAGGCUGAUGAUCAAUUAGGCGAGCCCUGGUUGCCGCGUGCUAUCGACAAGUAUGUGACGUUGCAGGACCGCUCUCUGUUCGAUGUUCUCUUCGGCGCUUUCAACAACGCUCCAAAGAGCACUUCCGUGCGAGAUGAAGUGAGUGAUUCGAGCGUACAAGAGAUGUUUUACGAUGCGUUAUCUACAGACCCGGAUGAUAAACAGGACGUUCACAUGGCUCCGCCUUCAGAUACGAUCAGCAUUAUCGGUGAGGAAGAUGCAAACCUCCGCCCCUCCACAUCUGAACCAAUAUGCACAGAAGCAAGAUUCGACACUUCUAACGAUGCUGGUGAACCUGUUAUGCAAGACGCCGUUUCUGCUGAGAAUGGUGAGACAGCAACGGUGGCCAAGGCAGUUGCAGCUGCAUACGCACAAGUUGAGGAUAAUCGCAUGGGCGGUGUUGGCUCCACUGAUAUUUUCAACAUUAGUGGGAUGCAACCACUGGGGGUUAACGACGGUAUAACGGCUGCGUACACUGCCUGCGUACCGAUGCCGGCUACAAUUCCCAUUGUGCCCAAGGUCCCUGGCGGCAGUGAUUUCCAGAUCCCUUCUUUUGAGGAAGCGGCACGUUUAGCAUCGUAUUUGGGUGCUGGAAAUGACUUUUCAAGAUCUGUGGAAAAUCCUAUGGAUGCUCCGCCUUCGCUGGUGCAUCCCCUUGGAAACUACGUUUCCCAGGAUGGGGUUGAUACAACGUAUAUGAAAGUCAAUUUGUCGGAAGCUGACGUUAUGCAGCACCCCAAUCGGCUGUGCUUCGAUCGUAAGUUGAAGGAAGCGGCGGAUUGCAUGGUUCCGGGCGGCAUGAAGUGCCACCCUUCGUACAGCGGUGAGACUCGGUACGCUGCGAACAGUGUUGUCGGCGAAGGUUCGCGCAGCAUGGAAGGCGAUUUCGAGGUGUACGGUCCCCAUGGCAGUGACCAGUUGUGA